AUGACCACCGCAUCUUUGACCACUGCUGCAGGCCAGAAGUCUUCCUUGACCACUGCUGCAGACCAGAAAACAUCCUUGACCACUGCUGCAGACCAAAAGUCUUCCUUGACCACUGCCGCAGAUCAGAAGUCUUCCUUGACCACUGCUGCAGACCAAAAGUCUUCCUUGACCACUGCUGCAGACCUGAAGUCUUCCUUGACCACUGCUGCAGAUCAGAAGUCUUCCUUUACCACUGCUGCAGACAAAAAGUCUUCCUUGACCUCUGCCGCAGAUCAGAAGUCUUCCUUGACCACUGCUGCAGACCAGAAGUCUUCCUUGACCACUGCUGCAGACCUGAAGUCUUCCUUGACCACUGCUGCAGACCAGAAGUCUUCCUUGACCACUGCUGCACAUCAGAAGUCUUCCUUGACUACUGCUGCAGACCAGAAGUCUUCCUUGACCACUGCUGCAGACCAGAAGACUUCCUUGACCACUGCUGCAGACCAGAAGACUUCCUUGACCACUGCUGCAGAUCAGAAGUCUUCCUUGACCACUACUGCAGACAAUAAGUCUUCCUUGACCACUGCUGCAGAACAGAAGUCUUCCUUCACCACUGCUGCAGACCAGAAGUCUUUCUUGACCACUGCUGCAGACCGGAAGCCUUUCUUGACCACUACUGCAGACCAGAAGUCUUCCUUGACCACUGCCGCAGACCAGAAGUCUUCCUUGACCACUGCCGCAGACCAGAAGUCUUCCUUGACCACUGCUGCAGACAAUAAGUCUUCCUUCACCACUGCUGCAGACCAGAAGUCUUUCUUGACCACUGCUGCAGAACAGAAGUCUUCCUUCACCACUGCUGCAGACCAGAAGUCUUCCUUGACCACUGCUGCAGAUCAGAAGUCUUCCUAA